AUGUCCAACCAGCCUGCUACUGGUGUUGCGUUAUCACACACCGGAAACCUACCCUUACCCGUCCCCCCAAUUCCUUACCCCACACCCCAUAUAGGCCAACCCCCGUCCUGGAGCAAUUCUCAAGAGGAUAGGAAAUUUUAUCUUCAAAAUAAAGUGGGUCAUUAUUUGGAAAUUUUACCCGAUGGCCGAGUGAGGGGGAACCCAGGAGAGAAGACCAUUUACGGUAUUAUAAUGUUUUUGUCAUGGUAUACGUUUUCCAAAGAUGCUAUAGUAAUAAAAGGCUACGCCAGUGAUUUAUAUCUGUGUAUGAACAAUUCCUCCAUUAUUUAUGCCUCGAGAAAUGUGACGAAAGAUUGUGCUUUUAUGCAACAACUGACGAAGGAUAAAUUGUAUGACGUGUAUUAUCAUACGAACUAUAAGGAAAAACGGAAAAAAUUCUUCUUAGGCAUCGAUCACUCAGGAAACAUGAAACCCGGGCUUUUUGCUACCAAAACUCAAAAAGUUUCUCAAUUCAUAUCCUCGCCUACAACACAAAUUGAAUUACAAAAGGCGACCAAAGCGAGAAAAAAACUAGCCAGGAAACCGCCGUCAGUGUUAGUGACUCCGAAAAAUCGCCGAAUUAGUGAUCCGGUAAAAAUUGAAAGAAAUAAACGUAGACGCAGACGUAGAAAUUGGUGUAAAAAAUUACGCAGAAUCCGAAAAAAUCCUCAAAAAUAUAUAGAUCGCUGUAAGUAUCAUUGUGGGAUUUUACAGAAGAUGAUAGACAACAUUAAGAAACAUAAAAAACGUUGUGAACGAGAUCGCAAACGACGGCGACGAAAACGUCCACGUCAGCGAAAAUCAAGGCGGCGUUCGAAUCGUUCAAUACGUCACCGUAAGAGUAAACGACGUUCUCGACGGGGUCGUAAACGCAAGACAAUAUGUGGUGAUCAAAUACGCAGAGGGCGUUUAGGGCGUCGUCAGCUGCAUAAAUGUAAAAUAGAGACAGCCAAAAAACGCCUGCGAGAAAAACUUGAAGGGACAACACAGUCUACGUCUUCAAAUGUACCAGCCAAGACACAAACGGACCGAAAUAUACAAACUUCAAGUGCAUCGUGA